UAAAACUCUGACCCUUCCUUUACCUCAAAAGUCUCACAACCCUAUCCGUUAUUCCACAAAACCAAAUCAUAAGAUAUUUCAGAUUUUUAGUUUCACCACUUCACUUCUGAAGAACAACGAUUCUAUACAGAACCAAAACAAACCCACUUUUUUAGUUAGUUGUUUAACACAACACAAGACAUCUCACACCAAAAGACCUUUGUUGUUGUUGAUGGAAAACUGUCUCUUCCGCCACCUUCAGUUUCCCCACACACUCAUCACGCUCCCUUCAAUAUCGUCAUCAUCGCAUAAACCCCACUUGAGAUUGUUCAAAAGACCCAUCCAGAGGGUGAGUGUGAGGGCGAGUGCUGGAGCUAGCCACUGUGAGUUUAGCAGUUUGAACUCGCCUUUGGAGACACGCUCUUUGGUGGGUAAGUUCCUCAGUGGUGUGUUACAGAACCACCCUCAGUUGUUCCAUGUUGCUGUUGGGGAAGAGCUCAAGCUCUUGGCUGAGGAUCGUGAUGCAGCACAUGCUCGCAUGUUGCUUGGUUCUGCCUCCGAUGAGGCAUUACUUCACAGGAGGAUUGCACAAGUAAAAGAGAAUCAAUGUCAAAUUGCUGUAGAAGAUGUUAUGUAUUUGAUGAUUUUUUACAAGUUUUCUGAGAUCAGGGUCCCUUUGGUUCCAAAGCUUUCUAGUUGUCUUUAUAAUGGCAGGCUAGAAAUAUUACCCUCUAAGGACUGGGAACUAGAGUCUAUACACAGCUUGGAAGUUUUGGAUAUGAUAAGGGAACACAUAACUACUGUAACUGGCCUGAGAGCAAAAUCUAGUGUAAGUGAGAGUUGGGCAACAACCCAAGUUAGGCAAUUCUUACUUGCCCGAGUUUAUGUUGCCUCCAUAUUAUAUGGUUACUUUUUGAAGUCUGUUUCGUUAAGAUACCACCUGGAACGAAAUCUAUCUUUGGCUAACCAUGAUCUUCACCUUGGUCAUAGGACUUCCCUUAUGUGUUCUUAUGGAUUCAAAGAUGCCAUCUUUGGCCACUUGAGUAACAUGCAAACUAUAGGACAAGGGUUAAUUAGGCAGGAAGAGGAAAUUGAGGACUUAAAAUGUUAUGUUAUGAGCUUUCACCCUGGAUCAUUGCAGAGAUGUGCCAGAUUGAGAUCUAAGGAGGCUGUGAAUUUGGUGGGGAGUUAUAGUUGUGCCCUUUUUAGCAAUGAGGAAUCUGGUUCAGUCGAGAAUGAUGAUGUUAUUUUAACUUCAUUUUCUAGCCUGAAGAGGCUAGUCUUGGAAGCUGUUGCUUUUGGAUCUUUCCUGUGGGAGACAGAAGAUUACAUUGACAAUGUAUAUAAGCUCAAGGAUAAUUAAGUAGCAUAAAGGCAGAGGUUGCCAAAUAAAUUCCGAAUUUGGCAAGCGAAUUCUCCUUGUAUAUAUAGUGAGUUUGGUUUUAGCUUGAGUGUUGGGUUAUGUUUAUAUUGUAUAGUUCACAUUUACUCUAUAUAUAAUGUAAAGUUCUAGUGCGCGGACUUAAAAGUUGAUAGAGAUUUUAAACAGUACAAAGUUAUUCACUCUAUAUGGAUCUAUAUGUCUUUUUGAGAUACUUUCCAGCUUUUUACAGGAAGAUUGUGAUGUCACUAGGGAAAGAAUGUGUAAUUCCCCAUUUGCAUAGAUUUGAAAUUAGUCUAAACUAUAAAGAUUCAACAUGCUUCAAGGUAGGAUGAAAUUGCAUAAACUACUUGAAUGCCAUGCCCUCAAGUUUGCUUGUGAUGCUAUUAUUGCAAAAUUUAAGCAUCUUCACGUCUAGAUGGUUUAUAUAUGCAUACCUAUAAUAACAUCUGCCUCCACUGAUGAGUUGGUGAAGCUCGAGAGUUUAACAAAUUUAGAAUUGUACAUGCCAGAAAACAAGAGAUGAUGCUGAUAUGGUUUUUAAUUACUACAAAGAUGUCACUUUGUUUACACCUGUUUAUAAACUUUUCUAUGAAUAAUUUGAUUAAGAUAAACUGGAAGGCUUAAUUUAUUAUUUUUCAUGACUCAAAACUCAUUAAGGUGUAAACUGCACAGCAUUAGAGAGAAUAAGCAUAAAUAUUCCUGAGCACUACAUGUGAAGUGGAGUUGCUUCAUAGCUUAUGUGAAGCAAAUUACUACAGUGAUUCCACAAACUUCUGAGGCCAUUAAGGUGUAUUUGGAGCUUAUAGUUCCUCUGGUACUGGAGAUAAUAAAUUUGUUAUUCUCUGAUCAGUGGCUGUUACUGAACCUUUGGCAAGGGGUCUUGCAGAAAAAUUGAGGGCUUUAUUUGAGGAGGGUUUGAAUGAUUUGCCAGAGCUAUUGGAGGAACUCUCAAGCAUGGUAUCAGAGAUACCCUAAUUUUACUAAUGGGAACUGAUUUUAGCGGGAGAGUGUAAUCUUUGAAUAAACCUUGAGAUUGCAUGGGUAAUGUAUUUUAAUCCUU